AUGAACUCCAUCGACCCUCAGUCCCAUCAGCAGCACCAGCACCACACGUCCCCUGCCGUCGGCUGUCUCCCACCCAAAGGCGCCCAGGAGGCCCCGGACAUGGCCGCUGUCUACUGCGACAACUUCAGCAGCAUGUACCACCAGCAGAGCCUCCAGGGCGCACAGAGACCCGCCGGCUACGGCCUCGGGGAUUACGCGUCGUCUCCAAACCCCUACCUGUGGCUCAACGGUCCGGGCGUCAACUCCUCCGCGUCUUACCUGCACGGCAACAACCCGGCGUCGUUCAUCCCGCCCUCCUACGGCUCGCAGCGGCAGUUCAUUACAAACUCACCUGGAUUCGCCGGGCCCGACCUGGGCUGGCUGUCCAUCGCCAGCCAGGAGGAGCUGCUGAAGCUGGUGCGGCCGCCCUACUCCUACUCGGCGCUCAUAGCCAUGGCCAUCCAGAAUGCGCACGAGAAGAAGCUGACGCUGAGCCAGAUCUACCAGUACGUCGCCGACAAUUUCCCCUUUUAUAAGAAGAGCAAGGCCGGCUGGCAGAACUCGAUCCGGCACAACCUGUCUCUGAACGACUGCUUCAAGAAAGUGCCGAGGGACGAGGACGAUCCAGGAAAAGGUAACUACUGGACGCUGGACCCAAACUGUGAAAAGAUGUUCGACAACGGAAACUUCCGCAGGAAAAGGAAAAGGCGGUCAGAUCCGAGCAGCGCAGGAGGAGCGGCGGCGGCGGCGGCGGGGGCCACAAAAGUGGAGGACGGCAGGCCAGCAGCGGUGGCCUCGCUGAAGCCCUCAGACAGUCCCCAGCUCCUGGGGCCGUCCUCCCCGGAGAUGGAGGCCAUGAACGAAAACCACAAGAGCUCGUUGUCGUCGUCCCCGCCUGGACUGGCCUCAUCCGCUCCCUGUUUCAAUAACUUUUACAGCAGCAUGUCGACGCUCAGCUCGGGGCCCCCCAGCCGGCAGGGGUCCCUAGGACUGGUCAACGAACUGUCGAAUAGGAACAUUACGGCCCUGAGCCCGUACCACCCCGGCCACGGCGGACAGGACGCGGGGGCGUCGGAGCACGGCGAGGGUUUGCAUUUCAACCGUGGAGUGUACUACAACACGUUUGGCGGUGGGCAGGGCGGACAGUUCAACAGCCACUUCUACAACAGCUUCAGCGUCAACAGCCUGAUUUAUCCCAGGGAAGGGACUGAGCUAUAG